AUGGGGGAAGGGAAGAGGGGAAUGGAACAGGGGGGAAAGUCGGGGAGAAGGGGGAGAUCAGAGCUCCUCAUCCUCAUCCUCUUCCUGGACACCUGCAUUGGUGAAUCUUUCAAGAGUCACAAAGCUCGUGCUAGCCUGUUUUUCCCUAAAGUGAAGCUAGAGCAAGAGUCCCCGGAAAAGGCAAUAAUGAUGAGAAGCCUGAAGGCUGCUCCUGCAACCGCCACCUCCUUUGGAAGGGGCCCAGUAUUCUCUACAGGCAUUGUAGAAGGGCACUGUCUCACCUCUGUACAGCUCCCCCCGCCCCCGCCCGCCACCAAGUUAUCUGGGGUCCUGACCUGGAUAGUCCAAGCUAGCCCGGUCUGUGUAAGACCGGCCCACAGCGGUAAGUACGUGUGUGGCAAUUGGCUGGAAACAGGAGUACUGUCAAAAUGUUACUUCUCUGGGCCUGGUUCACACUUCCAUGUGCAGCCAGUGAAGGCGGUCACAGCCAGCCUGGACGAUGCCAAUGGGACCGCUCUGCCCCCACUGAGCCCUCAAACCAGCCUCUGCAGUGGAAUGCAUUGUCAGAAGGGAACUAUCUGUGUCGUUCGGCAAGAACAGCCACGAUGCGUUGCAGAAUUUCAGACUUGUGACUCCUACCAAUGCCCGGCGGGAACUGUGUGUGAGGUGGCCCAGGGGGUCCCCAGGUGCACCCCUUAUGCACAGUCUUGUCAUCGCAUCAGAUGCCCAGAUGGCACGAGAUGUGAACUGCAGGACGGUGUUCCUAGAUGUGUACCGGCACUGCCAUCGUGUGCCGACGUUCGCUGCAAUGAAAGCACCAUCUGUGUAGUAACCAACAGUGUCCCUCGAUGCAUCCCUGUACCCUUGUCCUGCCAAGAUGUCAGAUGCCACCCAGGAACUGUGUGCAGCUUUGUUAACGGGUGGCCUGUGUGCGCGCCCAUCCGGCCUUCCUGUGACAAAGUCUCAUGCAGCGAUGGAACUGUGUGUGAGAUGGUUCAAGGCCAGCCAAGAUGUGUCCCGUCACCAGCAUCCUGCAACGUCUUUCUGUGUGAAAAAGGAACCACCUGUGAGAUAGUUGGUGGGCGUCCAAAGUGUGUCUCAAGGCCUUCGUCUUGUCGAGAUGUAAAAUGUGCACUUGGGGAGGUGUGCAGGAUGGAAAAUGACUUGCCCAGAUGUCUAGCCACGCCAACAUCUUGCGAAAAAGUUCACUGCAAACUGGGAACAAUGUGCGAAUUAGUUGAUAGCAUGCCCACUUGUGUAUCUAUCCUACCUUCUUGCCGCAGGGUUGAAUGCCACACAGGAAGCAUGUGCAAGAUGGUUGAUGGCUGGCCAAACUGUGUGCCAGCUACCCCCAUACUAUCGUGUGAUGAAAGUCAAUGCCAACCAGGGACCACGUGUGAAAUUGUGGAUGGACAGACCAGAUGUGUUCCGAUCCCACCAUCUUGUGAUCAAGUCAGCUGCAAAGCAGGGACCAUGUGUCAUACUGUGGACGGAUUCCCCAAAUGCGUCCGCGUACUGCCUUCCUGUGAUAGAAUCCAGUGCAACCCAGAAACUGUUUGCACAAUCACUGAUGGCUGGCCCAGAUGUGUUCCCGUCCCUCCAUCUUGUGACAGAUACCUUUGCAGAGGAGCAACUAUUUGCAGAGUUGUUGACAAUUGGCCCAGAUGUGUUCCCAUCCCAAAUUCUUGUGACAACGUUGGAUGCAAGGAAGGGACUGUCUGCCAAAUGGUUAAUAGUUGGCCCAAGUGUGUUUCUGCCCCAACAUCCUGUGACAACAACCAAUGCAAAGCUGGUACUGUGUGUGAAAUGGCCGAUGGUUGGGCCAAAUGUAUUCCCAUCCCACAAUCCUGUGCCAAUCAUCACUGUCAUGUGGGGACAGUAUGUCAAGUUGUUGAUGGGUUCCCAAAAUGUGUCCCCAUUCCACAGUCCUGUUCCAAUCAUCACUGUCAUGUGGGGAGUGUAUGUCAUGUCAUCGAUGGGUUCCCCAAAUGUGUUCCCAGCUCACCAUCCUGUGCCAGUCAUCAUUGUCAUGUGGGGAUGGUAUGUCAAGUUGUUGAUGGGUUCCCCAGAUGUCUUCCUAUCCCACAAUCCUGUGCCAGUCAUCACUGUCAUGUGGGGACUGUAUGUCAUGUCAUCAAUGGGUUCCCCAAAUGUGUUCCCAACUCACCAUCCUGUGCCAGUCACCACUGUAAUGCGGGGACAGUCUGUCAAGUGGUGGACGGGUUCCCCAAAUGUGUUCCCAACCCCCCAUCCUGUGCUAGUCAUCACUGUAAUGCAGGGACAGUAUGUCAAGUGGUGGACGGGUUCCCCAAAUGUGUUCCCAACUCACCAUCCUGUGCUAGUCAUCACUGUAAUGCGGGGACAGUAUGUCAAGUGGUGGACGGGUUCCCCAAAUGUGUUCCCAACUCACCAUCCUGUGCUAGUCAUCACUGUAAUGCGGGGACAGUCUGUCAAGUGGUUGACGGGUUCCCCAACUGUGUCCCUAACUCACCAUCUUGUGCCAAUUAUCACUGUCCUGUGGGGACCACAUGUCAACUGGUUGAUGGAUUCCCCAGAUGUUUUUCUAUCCCACAAUCUUGUGACAAUUAUCAUUGUCAUAUAGGGACCUUAUGUCAAGUUGUUGACAGGUUCCCCAAAUGUGUUCCCCUCCCACAAUCCUGUGCCAAUCAUCACUGCCAUGUGGGGACCAUAUGUCAAGUUGUUGAUGGGUUUCCCAAGUGUGUUCCCAACUCACCAUCCUGUUCCAGUCACCACUGUAAUGCAGGGACAGUAUGUCAAGUGGUGGACGGGUUCCCCAAAUGUGUUCCCAACUCACCAUCUUGUGCAAAUUAUCACUGUCCUGUGGGAACCAUAUGUCAAGUUGUUGAUGGGUUCCCCAGAUGUCUUCCUAUCCCACAAUCUUGUGACAAUUAUCAUUGUCAUAUAGGGACCGUAUGUCAAGUUGUUGAUGGGUUCCCCAAAUGUGUUCCCUUCCCACAAUCUUGUGCCAAUUAUCAGUGUCAUGUGGGGACAGUAUGUCAAGUUGUUGAUGGGUUCCCCAAAUGUGUUCCCAACUCACCAUCAUGUGCUAAUUAUCAAUGUCAUGCAGGGACAGUUUGUCAGGUUGUUGAUGGGUUCCCCAAAUGUGUUCCCAACUCACUAUCUUGUGCCAAUUAUCAAUGUCAUGCAGGGACAGUUUGUCAGGUUGUUGAUGGGUUCCCCAAAUGUGUUCCCAACUCACCAUCUUGUGCCAAUUAUCAGUGUCAUGCAAGGACAGUAUGUCAGGUUGUUGAUGGGUUCCCCAAAUGUGUUCCCAUACCACAAUCUUGUGCCAAUUUUCAAUGUCAUGCAGGGACAGUUUGUCAGGUUGUUGAUGGGUUCCCCAAAUGUGUUCCCAACUCACCAUCUUGUGCCAAUUAUCAGUGUCAUGUGGGAACAGUUUGUCAGGUUGUUGAUGGGUUCCCCAAAUGUGUUCCCAACUCACCAUCUUGUGCCAAUUAUCAGUGUCAUGCAAGGACAGUAUGUCAGGUUGUUGAUGGGUUCCCCAAAUGUGUUCCCAACUCACCAUCUUGUGCCAAUUAUCAGUGUCAUGCAAGGACAGUAUGUCAGGUUGUUGAUGGGUUCCCCAAAUGUGUUCCCAUACCACAAUCUUGUGCCAAUUUUCAAUGUCAUGCAAGGACAGUAUGUCAGGUUGUUGAUGGGUUCCCCAAAUGUGUUCCCAUAGCACAAUCUUGUGCCAAUUUUCAAUGUCACACGGGAACAGUAUGUCAAGUUGUUGAUGGGUUCCCCAAAUGUGUUCCCAACUCACCAUCUUGUGCCAGUUAUCAGUGUCACGUGGGGACUGUAUGUCAUGUCAUCCAUGGGCUCCCCCAAUGCGUUCCCAUUUCACAAUCCUGUGCCAAUUAUCACUGCGAUAUUGGGACCACAUGUCAAAUUGUUCAUGGGUGGGCCCGAUGUAUUCCCAUCCCCCAAUCCUGUGCCAGUCAUCACUGCAAUGCAGGGGAUCUAUGUCAUGUUGUUAAUGGGCUACCCAAAUGCUUUCCCAUCCAACAAUACUGUGCCAGUCAUCCCUGCAAUGUGGGGAGUGUGUGUCACAUUGUAGAUGGGCUGCCCAAAUGCAUCCCCAUCCCACAACCCUGUUCCUGUGCCAAUCAUCCCUGCGAUGCAGGGACUGUAUGUUACAUUGUUGGUGGGAUCCCCAGGUGCCUCCCCUUCCCACAAUCCUGUGCCAACCUGCACUGUACAGAGGGAACUAUCUGUAAACUUGUGGAUGGCAGGCCCCAGUGUGUUCAUGUCUCAGGAUCCUGCAGUAGUACACAUUGUAAACAAGGGACUGUGUGUCAUGUCAUCAAUGGCUGGCCCAGAUGUGUAGAAGCUGCACAACCAUGCCACACAAUUGACUGCAGCACAGGAAUGACUUGUGUAGUCCAAGAUGGUUUACCCAAGUGUGUUCCUGUUUCCCCCGCCCAGUCCGCUUGCUGGGCCUCUGGCCAGACACACUACCACACCUUUGAUGGACGCAACUACGAUUUCCAAGGUACCUGUGCCUACACCAUGGUCAAGACAUGCCAACCUCAUUCCAAGCUACCGUUCUUCCAUGUUUUCACUGAGAGCCAGAGGAGCAGCAACGCCCCGCUCUCUUUCUUCAGCCAGGUCACCCUCACUGUCCACAGCGUCAACAUCAGCAUGGUCAAGUACGAAUACGGAUUUGUCCGAGUCAACCAAGUGCGCUCACGUCUGCCCAUAAGUUUGCAAGGUGGGAAACUUUCUCUUCACCACCGGGGAGGCCAACUGAUGAUCGAGACGGACUUUGGCCUGCACCUUUACUAUGACUGGAAUUACUAUGUAGAGAUAAACAUUACGGCGGCCUUCCGAGGCUAUGUUUGUGGCCUCUGUGGCAACUACAAUGGAGACCCCAAUGACGACUUUGUGGCCUCUUCUGGUGGCCUGGCCACUGAUUCAAGGAACUUUGGCAAGAGCUUCAUGGUGAAGGAUGGAAAUGGAACCUGCAGCCACGGGUGCCGCGGCAAAUGCUGGCGCUGCCCCCCAGCGCUGUUAGCCAGGUACAGCGAGGAGGCCUUUUGCGGACUGAUGGCCAAGCACGGGGAAGGUCCUUUCCACCCCUGCCAUUCCGUGCUCAAUUACAAACCUUAUCUGGAUAACUGUGUGAGCGACUUAUGUGCUUUCGAUGGCUACAAGCAGAUCUUGUGCGGAGCACUGAAGACUUACGCAGACGCCUGCCAAAGGAAAGGAGCAGCCAUAUCGGACUGGAGGAAAGAGGCCGGCUGUCCCCUCUCUUGUCCUGAGAACAGCCAGUACGUGGCCUGUGGUUCAGCGUGUCCUGCCACCUGCAAUGACCUUGAUGCUCCAAAGAAGUGUCACCUACCUUGCAUGGAGGCUUGCAAGUGCAACCCAGGUUAUGUGCUGGAUAGUGGCAGGUGCAUUCCUAGCGACCGAUGUGGCUGCAUCCACCAGGGUCAGCUCUACGCCCCCAAUGAGCAAUUCUGGGAUGACCAAUAUUGCACCAAACUUUGCUCGUGUAGGCCUCAAGACAGGAGAGUGGUCUGUCAGGUAUCCAAGUGUGGGGAGCAGUCCGUAUGCAGCGUGGACGACGGCAUCAGGGGUUGCCACCCCAGGAAUUAUAGUACCUGCUCUACCCUUGGCCAGUUGCAUUAUUUAACUUUCGACGGGCUGCACUAUGACUUCUAUGGGACAUGUGUUUAUCGCUUGGCUGAACUCUGCCAAAGGAGGACAAAUCUCACGCACUUCCAAGUCCUUGUGCAACCUGGGUUGGAGGGCCCCACAGAUCCCACUGCCACCAAAAUCAUGGAAGUCAAUGUCAAUGGGUUCAUCAUCACAGUCCAACGCAAUAAAGUCUUGCUGAAUAACUUGUUGAUCAACUUGCCGUACAACAUCAGACACAGCAAAGUCUCCCUUUACCGCCAGGGCUGGGACGUUGUCAUCAACACCGAUUUUGGCCUUACCGCGACAUUUGACUGGAAAAACAAUAUCCGUCUCACAGUGCCUGGAGCUUACGCCGGUCAUUUGUGCGGCUUGUGCGGCAACUUCAACGGAAAUCCCAACGACGACAUGCAGAAUCGGAGAGGGGUGUCACUUCCUCUCCCAAGAGACUUUGGCAGAACCUGGAAGGUCCGGGACAUCCCAGGCUGCACAGAGUUGGAAAAGAAGGAGUGUGUAAAUAUCCGGCAGGUGGAGCUCGCCCAGAGAAAGGGCAAGGAGUGCGGCGUCCUAUUGGAUAAGAAUGGCCCCUUCAGGGACUGCCACAACAAGGUGCCACCGGAACUGUACUUCCAAGACUGUGUCUUUGACUGGCCCAACUCGAAGCAAAGGACGACCAAAAGCAAUGCGUCGCAUCAUCGCCAUUGUCAAAUCCUCCAUAUCCGGCCAGACUGCCCGCUGAACAGCCAUUAUGCACUCUGUACUAGCAAUUGCCCCGUGACGUGCCGCAGCCUCUUUGACCGGACAGACUGCAACGCUAUGUGCCUCGAAGGGUGUAGUGAGUGUGAUGCAGGUUUUGUUCUGAGUGGGGAUACGUGCGUCCCCCUCUCCCAGUGUGGUUGCACCCACCAAGGCUUCUACUACAAAAUGGGAGACUCCAUCUAUCCCAAUGGGUUCUGCAAGGAACAAUGCGUUUGCCACACGGGGGGUAUCAUGCAGUGCCGGACGUCCUCCUGCGGUCCUCAGGCAGAGUGUCGCAUCGUGGAUGGGGUGCAGACAUGUCACUCCCUCAUGCCCAAGACUGGGACGUGCCACGUGUUCGGUGACCCCCACUUUCUCACCUUCGAUGGCCUCACGUACGACAUCCAGAGCAACUGCACUUACAUCUUAACCCGGAGUUGCAUGCUCAAGCACUCCAUUCCAUCCUUUGCGGUCAACGUGGAGAACGAGCGGCGGGCCAGGGGCAAGGUCUCCGUCACCAAGUCUGUGUCCGUCAUAGUCUAUGAACACACCUUCACCAUGAUGCGGGAAAAGAGGGGCUUCAUUCUGGUAAAUGGUGCUGCCCACGCCGUGCCUUUCCGUCUGGCAAGCAGCGGGGUGCGUGUCUACUACCAUGGGGACAACAUCAUACUUCAGACCGACUUCGGCUUGCACGCCUCCUUUGAUCAUUUCUACCAUCUCGCUGUCACGGUGCCCCACUCCUUUCAGAAACAGGUCUGUGGUCUGUGUGGCAACUAUAACGACCAACGUUUGGAUGACUUCGCAAUGCCUACCGGUGAAAGAGCCGCAAGCGUGCUAGCCCUUGUCUCCAGCUGGCGAGUGGACAAGCCGGCAACCGUCUGCACUCAGGACUGCAGUGCUAUGAUGUGCGGAUCUUGUCAUGAGAGCCGGAAGGCCAGCUACGUGCACAGCAGCCAGUGUGGCAUAUUGCAGUCGCCGUAUGGCCCGUUCAGCACAUGCUAUUCUACCGUCAACCCCACCAUCUUCUUCAAUAACUGCGUGCAUGACCUCUGCAAGGCACGAGGGAACCGCGUCAUCCUUUGCCGCGCUAUCCACAGCUACGUUACCGCUUGCCAAGCUGCUGGCAUCACGAUCAACCCCUGGAGGACACAGCAAUUCUGCCCCAUGAGAUGUCCAGCCAACAGCCAUUAUGAACUGUGUGCCAACGCUUGCCCCGGAGGCUGCAAAGAUGCGACCAGCAUCACCCAAUGCCCUCGCACCUGUGCCGAAGGCUGCCAGUGCAACGAGGGCUACUUUAUGGCUGAGUACCGCUGUGUUCCCAUGAGCCUGUGCCGAUGCUUCCACAAUGGCACAUGGUUUAAGAUGGGAGUGACGGUGUUGACAGCCGAAUGCCAGCAGCAGUGUGUCUGCCACCGUAAAGGGAAGGUGGUGUGCACACCAUAUCAGUGCGCAACUGGAAGGUCCUGUGUCUUGAGCAACCACAAAUGGGACUGUGUUCAGCCAGAGGGUCACUGCACUAUCGCCCACGGAGAUGUCUUCACCACUUAUGAUGGCGUUACCGGAAAAGUUCCUUCCAUUGGGUCCUAUGAGAUCUCCUCGCUCGUCAACACCACGUCGACUUCUUGGUUCCGGGUGGUGGCAGUCCUGCAGAAGUGCCCCACAUGCCCCACUCCUGUGGUGAACUCCGUCAUCAUCUUCUUCCAGAAUCUUGUUGUGAGGGUAAACCAGGAGGGUUCCGCUUGGGUGAAUGAGAAUCCUGCUCCGCUCCCAGCUCAGCCUUCCAAGGAGGUCACAGUAAGCCUGAUCCAGGGAGUGGUGGCGGUAGGUUUCAGAACGGACAUACGUGUUCUCCUCAGCAGCAAGGGAGAGGCGACGGUGGUUCUCAGCGGAACACUGUCCUACCAAGUACAAAGGGCAUGUGGGAACUUCAACGGUAUAGGCGAGGACGAUCUCCGGUUACCCAACGGCACGGUAGCGAAUAACAUUGGAGCUGUCCUCAGCUACUGGAGAGUCAGCACAACGGCACAACAAGGUCUUGCGAGGACCCAUCCCUAA